AUGACUGACGCCAUUCCGACCACUAAUAAUGGUGCCGAACACGCCAUGGAACAAGGUGGCGAAUACAAACGAGGCGCUACCUGGAUUAAGAGACGAGGAAACUUGACGGCACGGCCGACUUGGAAAGAGCUUUUUGAUUACGGAUCUGGAUGUUGUAAAUGGGUCAUUGCAAAUAACAACGUGGACGGCGAGUGUUUCACCCGAGCUACUAACAAUUGUUACGUUGCGACACUUUGCUACCAUCACUGGGAUGCCAAUACCGACAAAAAACACUGGGAGAUUUUCCACAGCACCAUCCCUCGAACUAGAUUCUUUGACCUUCUUUGGGACAACGGAAACAAGGAAGCGCCCAUAUGGCAUGCUGCGACAAAAAAAUGCAGGGGGGUGAACCGCCAGGUGCAUGCCGAGGACGGCGUUCUCUACUGUUUCGAACGUGAACACAAGAGGUGUCCUGGACCAGGGCAAGAACGGCUACGCAUCGUCGUGCAGUUUCGCCAACAGCAACAGCAGCAGCCUCGACCGGGCACGGCCGGGAGUGGGAAGUCGGGUUCCACUGCCUACGGUAGUGAGGUGUUCGAUGGCAGCGAAGUCAUAAGCGCCCGCGGCAUGGUUGAAGGUGCCGGGCCUCCGAAUCCUAAACCGCAACCUCCUGCCGGAGGUUCCUCGCCGAGUUCGGUCGCCCAGCUCACUCGAGGUAUGUCGGCACUCAGCGUCGGCCGCCAUGGCCCGGUUCCGCCUCCUGGACAUCCUGCUUCUAGGCCGUCCUCGCCCUAG